GGCGCCUUCAGAGCAAGAUGGCGGCGUCCUUUAGAGUUCUCAUGCGAACACUUAAUUGCCCGGCUCAAAAUGUCAAGUCUGUGUGUAGAACCCGAGUCAGAAGUUCACUUUAUUCGGCAGAAGUGUCAAUAUGUCGAAGCUACGCAGGAGUUUCGGAAGGAAAAAGCGUCCAUUUUGGUUUCGAGACGGUGACAGAAGAGGAGAAAGCAGAAAGAGUGUAUAAGGUGUUUGAAAGCGUUGCUCAGAAGUAUGACGUGAUGAACGACGCGAUGAGUCUGGGUAUCCAUCGGCUGUGGAAGGACGCGCUGCUGCGUGCGAUGAAUCCUCAGCCUGGGUUACGCCUGCUCGACACAGCCGGAGGCACCGGUGACAUCUCGUUCCGUUUCCUGAAUUACACACGUUCGGUGCGUGAGAGGCAGCUGCGUCAGAGAGCGCGGGCCAAUCAGACGCCUUCCUGGCAGGACAUCUCCAGGAGUUACGGCUCAGAGAGGGAGGAGCUUCCAGAAACCCGAGCGGUGGUGUGUGACAUCAAUAAAGAAAUGCUGAAGGUGGGGAAAGAGCGGGCGGAGAACGCAGGGAUCACCACAGGUUUGUCGUGGGUAGUGGGUGACGCCGAGGAGCUUCCAUUCGACAAUGAUCGGUUUGACGUUUACACCAUCGCAUUCGGCAUCCGGAACGUCACUCACAUCGAGCAGGCUCUGCAGGAAGCUCUGCGUGUGCUUAAACCAGGUGGGCGCUUCAUGUGUCUAGAGUUCAGCAAAGUGUCCAACCCUCUUCUGUCCAGGCUCUAUGAUGCCUACAGUUUCCAGAUGAUUCCAGUUCUAGGUGAGGUGAUUGCAGGAGACUGGAAGUCGUAUCAGUAUCUGGUGGAGAGCAUACGCAAGUUUCCGGAUCAGGAAACAUUUAAAGAAAUGAUCGAGGACACCGGUUUCUUCCGAGUGCAGUACACUAAUCUCAGUGGAGGAAUCGUCGCUCUUCAUUCAGGGUUCAAGCUUUGAUGGAUGUCUCAAACACACACGCACUUACAGAUGGAGCAGGCAGUGUACACACAUGGAAGAGGAGACAAGUUGAUGAUGUAUGAGAGAAAAACUCAUUGCAUUCUGUGUUGAGAAGUUCUGCAGAUGUAACGGACACAACGCUACGAAGCUGUGUGCAACCUCGUAAUACAGAGGCUCCACUGAAAUCAGGAUUAUUCAUAAGUCAUGUUUAAAGGACUAAUUUGGCCAAAAGUGAAAGAGCAGUGCAGCAGAGCUUUGAGGCUGAUUAAUGCUUCUGUGAAUGCAUGUCUGUGAGCACUUCAGGGUGUUGUGUGCAGAUGCUCGUAUAGGUUGAACUCUUCAUUCUCAAGUAAUGCGAGCAUGUCCACUGGGGAGCAGUGUCGCAUGAGCUACACCGGAAUUUAAAGAAAAAAGCCUUUCCGUGUUUCACUGUCAGAAUAAUAAAUAGAAGGCAAUAUGUUGUUGAAGAAAGAAAGAAACCGUGCAUCUUCAUUUUCAGUUUAUUCGCUUUAGGAUUCUAUUUUUUUUUUAAUUGUGUUGCUAUGGCUUGCAUAAAAGAAAGUAAUGCAGGGUUUAAAUUGGCUCCAUUAGGUAUAACGUCUCACGCUUUUUUAAAUUCACGUCACAAAUUCAUGUUUGUGGUUUUCAUGCUACAAUCUGGUGGAUGUCUAAAAUAGACAUACCUUCCUGUUUAUCAUACAGAGAUGUUACUUACACGUUCACUUUCAGGGUCUCAAGGCCCAUUUUCUGGCAGUCUGAGAUCGUCGCAUCAGUCCGUCUAUGAGUCCAUCAGGGGGACAUUCACGUUAGUGCAGUAUCUCAAAAAUAAGUGUGUAAAUUGUAGGAUUUGUCUGGACUUAUCCUUGUUAACACCAGGUGAACUCAAAAAAUAAAUAAAUCCAUUACCCAAUAAUGUUAUCGGCAUGUAUCGCCAUGUUUGACCCGAACAUGAGAUGCAGGAGGAAAACCUGAUAAAAGGGCUCGUGCUGUUUAAUGAUAGCUGUCAAUAUGAGAGUUUUAUCAUAAAGGAGACAUUUUAUUAAAGAUAAAGAUUAUGUGAUUGUGUGUGUCUAUACGGACAUUUUUUUGGAAAGCAUGUUUCUUCUGUUUUUGUCACGAGGUUGUUGUGUACAACAUUUUUCGACAGGCUACAGUUUCAGAAAGUGGUUGGUGUGCACGGCUCCAGCCUAUAGAAAUAGAAGAGGGAGAGUAGAUGUGUAAAAGAUGUGAUCAGGGUCAUUUCAUUGUUCACACUUGAGAUGUAUUUGGUACAAUAUAUAUUUGUGUAAUAUAUUAGAAAUGAGAAAUCAUAAAAUAAAAACCCAUGAAAGUUUGUACUAAAAAAAAUAGAGUGCCUAAAUUUAUUUAAAUUUAAAAAAAAAAAAGAAAGAAAGAAAAAGUCUCAGGAAGAAUGUGUGCAGUUUUCUAAGGAAAUGAGCUGUAAGUGUUAUUGAGCAUCGUGCAGAACCAGACACGGUUCUUCUGGAGACUUUGACUGUCGCACUCGCUUCUCAUUUCUGCAGCGAAACCCAGCAGCCUUCAUUGUGUUUUUGUCUGGAAAGUGUCUCUUACCAUGUAAUACGCUGCUUUCUUUACUGACAUUCAAACAUUUCUCUGUAACAUUUCAUUUUGUGCUGGAAAAAUAAUGUUUGGGAUUCUAAAGUGUUUCUGUACCGACUCGAUAAUGUCGAAGUCAUAAAAUAAAAAUCCAUAACAUGCUUUGUACUAAAAAAAAAAAAAAAAUAGGGUGCCUAAGACUUUUGCACAGCACUGUAUUAUCAGAUAAUACAUUACAGUACAGUAGAUAAAAUAGUAAUAGUAUUGUGUAGUAUAGUACGGUUUAGUAGAUUAAAAUAGGUACAGUAGAUAAAAUUGUUAUAGUACAAAAUAGCAGAUAAAACAGGUAUAUUUCCAGCAAAACUUGUACAUUGCACAUGUGGUUUAACUGAAAUUCACCAUUAAAAUAUGUAUAAUUGUGCAUGUUAAACCUGUAUAUUUUAUUGAGUGUAAUAUACUGGAAAUG